AUGCCUCACUCCACUCAGAAGCCAGAGUCCGUCGAGGCCUAUGUCAACUAUCACCAACCGCCCCCUAAGGGCGAGGCAGUCCCCGUGCAAAUGAUCGCCACUGUGGGCUUCCAGCGCACCAAGUACAAUCGGCAGCUCGUCCCGGUUACAGACAUGCGGACAUGCGACGAAGAGUUCAACCUCGAUACUCAGGGCUUCAAGGUUGUUGAGAGCACUGUUCAAGAAAGGGGCUGGGAGGGGGACUAUAGAUUUGGUCUCCCCGACCAGCUUCGGAAGGAUGUUCAAGAGCUCUUGAUGAGACACUCCGGUGCUACAUACGUGCACCCAUUUGCUCCUCAUGUGAUACGCCGAGAUCCUCACGAGAAGAUUCUUAACAUCCCGGAUGACCUUCCUGACUCCCAAGUCCUGAACAUGCAGCCACCCGCCAUGUUCAUUCACGUCGAUCAAUCAUACAAGGGCGCGGAAGUGGUGCUUGAUCGGCUUCCUGAAGCAGAGAUGCUUCGUGCCAAGACGAAGACCCGUUGGGGAGUCAUCAACGUCUGGCACCCACUCAAGUUGGUGCAACGUGAGCCACUGGCAGUCUGUGAUGCGCGAAGUGUCGAGGAGUGUGAUCUUCGGCCUGUCACUACUCGCAUUGUCCUUGGAAAGCCGCCCAACACCAUCAACAAAGACAAUGAGCAGUGGCACAUGGUAUCGAGCCCUCAGCAUAAGUGGUACUACGCUAGCAACAUGACCCCGGAUGAGGCACUGUUGAUCAAGAUCUUCGACACCAAGGUAGAUGGAAGAGCUAGACGUGUGCCGCACACUGCAAUCCAGACACCUAAGGAUGUUGGACCGCCACGGGAGAGUAUUGAAAUCAGAUGCCUUGUAUUCUGGGAGGAUCAGGAAUUGGAGUAG